UUAUUUUCAUCAAAAUCAUCUGUUGAUUAGUGUAUGAAGUGACUGAUUUCUCUACCCAAUUAUAUCAGUUUUUUGUGAAGUUAUACCAAUUUGCGUUAGCCAUAACAAUAAUUUAGUCUGUCGAUAACUUACUUUGAUAAAAUUUGAUUCACAAAUCAAUAUAUUAAUUGAGUUGCAUAGCACCUUUGUAGAUCGAGUCAAUAGUCGGCAUAGUCACUUGUCUUCUCUUGGUUUUUUGUAAUCUUCCCCACCGCUAGACUUUGUACCUUCGAAUUGUGCAUUUCAUCCUAUCCAACUCACUUAGCAUACAAUCAAUUUCGCCAGUGGACGAUGUUGCUGAACGGUGGAAAAUCUAUUCUACGUACAAUGGCAGCCACAAAUGUUUCGAGAAACAUGACGACAGCCGCAAAGAGAGAAUACAAAUUUGAAACUUUGUCUGUGACCGAAGCUAAGCCGUUUGUUUACCAUGUUUCGUUCAAUCGACCUGAUCGUCUAAACGCAUUCAACAGGACUAUGUGGUUUGAACUUGGCAAAUGCUUCAACGAUUUGAGUUACGAUUCCAAUUGUCGAGCGAUUGUUUUGUCCGCUAAUGGUAAACACUUUACUGCCGGCUUAGACUUGAUGGAUGCCAUGAAAUUUGGCCAAGAAUUAGCUGAAUUCGAGGACGUUGCACGAAAGGCCAACUUUUUGGAGCAAAAAAUCAAAGCUUAUCAGGACUCAAUUUCGUCCUUGGAAAAAUGUCAGAAGCCCGUAAUAGUAGCGACUCAUUCUGCGUGCGUGGGAGCUGGAGUAAACUUAAUUGCAGCCGCUGAUAUUCGUUACUGUACGGACGAUGCAUGGUUUACGGUCAAAGAGGUGGACAUUGGAAUGGCGGCCGAUGUUGGUGCAUUACAACGGCUACCAAAAAUCAUCAAAAGUCAGAGUCUGUUGCGAGAGCUUUGUUUCACUGGAAGAAAAUUUGAUAGCAAAGAGGCGUAUGAGAAUGGCGUUGUUAGUAGGAUUUUCAAAACUAAAGACGAAAUGAUCAACGGAGCAAUUCAAUUAGGAGAAACAAUUGCAAGCAAAAGCCCGGUAGCUGUGCAAGCAACAAAGCGGAAUUUAAUCUAUUCAAUGGAUCAUACCACUCAGGAAGGAUUGGACCAUAUUUGUGAAAUCAACAAAAUGAAUUUGCAAAGCGAGGACUUCGUCAAUGCCACGAUAGCUGGUGCUACGAAAGGCGAUCCACCAAUAUUUGCAAAAUUGUAGUGAUAAAAUCAGUAAACUGCACGAGGUUGUCCAUAUAAUAAUCGAUGCAAUACGGGGAAAUUGUACAAUAUACAGAAGAGCGUGAGGAGUUAUGUAAAACAACAUUUGAAUCUUUAUUAUUUAACGGACGGGCAGAUCAUAUUACUGAUAUUUUCAUUAAACAAAUUUUAUUACGA